AUGCGGCCCCUCUGGAGGCAUUACUACAAAAACAGUCAGGCAUUGGUGUUUGUUUUCGAUAGUGUUGACAGGGAGAGAAUUACAGAAGCAAGAGAGUUACUUUAUAGUAUCCCUACAGAGGAUGAAUUGAACGGUGUUCCUGUUGCUAUUGCUCUCAAUAAAAGGGAUCUUCCAGACUGCAUGACAAGAGAGGAGAUGGUGGAAAAGUUAGAUUUGAGGAAAAUUCAGAAACAGAGACCCUGUGAAGCUUUUCUGACGACAGUUAAACCCACUGCUGAAGUGGACUCGGAAUUUGAUAAAUUGUUGGAGUGGAUUACAAAGGAAACAGCCAAAAGACGAAAGGCUUUUUCUCCGAAAAAUCAAAAGGUGGACCCUUUCUCAUACAUUUGGCAACCAAUAAUGAAAGUGAAGAACAUGAUGUUUAACUGACGAGAUUUGAUAUAAGUAGUAGAACUAUCUACUAGGAUUGGUCUUGAACAAUUUCUAGAGUAUUUUUUUUUUUUUUUAGAGACAUGCCACGAAAUUCCUAACAAAAUCUCAUGUGUAGAAAAACCGUUAUAAAUCAGUGACCACAAUUAAGAGAUAAGCGACGGCUACUAUUAAUCAGCAUGUAAUAUGGUCCUAUUGAAGCCAUCGAAUUCAAGACCGGACGGGAUUUCUUGGCAUGACUUCUAAUAGUUAGAUAUUGUUAUUGAAAAAAUAAAUGGAUGAUGUCACAUACUUUUAUUUACAAGUUAUGAAAUAAUUUCACAGACAGCGAUACCUACACCAUCUGUACCAUGUGUUUGGACAUUACACUUUUGACAAUGAAGUUGACUAAAGCUCAUCACGUCCAUUAAUAAUUUUCCGUUUGAUGAAAUUAAUCUUAUAUCCAAGAUUGUUAACAAACAAUGUUAUCAAUUAUCUGAAAUUCAUAGUGAAUGUUCAAACCAUUCUUCUCCAUAGAGAAAACAUUAUCAACUGAAUUAAUUUGCAGUCAAGUUGUGGAUUUGACACGGACAUAGAAAACGGUGUUGAAAAAGCAUAUUGUAUAAUGAUAGAAACAUUUGUGUACAUGCAUGUAUAUCUUAAUGCAUAAUGCAGAUAAUGAUAUUACAUGUAGUUAGCAUUCAAACUAUUGUAGAAUGUUGUUUUGGUUUUUUCAGAAGUGGAAAUUGUCGGAAAUUUAUAUUAAAAAAAAAAUUUAAAAUUGAUCUAUUAAACAAAACAAAAUCUGCAUUGUGAUGUAUUUUUUCUCCACAACAUUGUUUUGUAUAACAAAUGAAUUGACAGAAAAAUUAUGCUA